CUGUCAAAGAACUCACUCUUAGCUGCGGACCCCUUUUGUCCCAACCCGACAAAUCUGACACAGACCCUUUUACGGUAGAUAAGGGUGCUGAGCUCGCUUGUGGUCGGCUAUGGCGGAUUCUUGAUCUUAGUUCAGCUCUUGCUCGUGACUUGGGAGAAGGCUCUGGCUUCUCUGCUUCAGAUUUGGCGGCCCGUAUAAGUUCAACUGCUGUUCUGACAAUUUAUUCCCUGAUAUGGGAUUCUUCCACCUCUCCCUGUUCGUCAUUCUUGGGACAUUCCCGGCAGCAUUACUGGCUCAAGGAGUCAUGUAUUCUUCAAUUGCAGUCAACGUCACGGAAACAAUCGCUGAAACUGAUGAAAACUUCGUGUGCGCAACUAUCGAUUGGUGGCCUCAUGAUAAGUGUAACUACAACCGCUGCCCAUGGGGAUACUCAUCUGCAAUAAAUUUGAACCUGUCCAACCCUUUCCUUGGAAGAGCAAUACAAGCUUUUAAGAAUUUGAGGAUAAGAAUUGGAGGAUCUCUGCAAGACCAAGUCGUGUACGAUGUGGGGAAGUUGAAGGUCCCCUGCCACCCUUUCCAAAAGAUCAAUAAUGGAUUGUUCGGGUACUCGAAGGGAUGUUUGCACAUGAAGCGGUGGGACGAGCUUAACUGCUUGUUCAGAAACAAUAGGGUAGUCGUGACUUUUGGCUUGAAUGCGCUCUUCGGGAGGCAUCGGAUCAGGCAGGAUGCAUGGGGAGGAGAUUGGGACUCUAGUAACGCUCGCGACUUCAUAAGAUACACGAUUUCGAAGGGCUACCCUGUAGAUUCAUGGGAAUUCGGUAAUGAGCUCAGUGGAAGUGGGAUCGGGGCAAGUGUUGCAGCUGAGCAAUACGGAAAGGACUUGAUCGCCCUUAGAAAAGUUAUCGACGAGCUCUAUGAGAACUCUCAUGUGAAACCUUUGCUCAUAGCCCCAGGAGGAUUCUUUGACGAGGGAUGGUACACAAAGCUUUUACAGGUUUCCGGACCAGGUGUGAUCAAUGUCAUGACCCAUCACAUAUACAACCUCGGUGCAGGUAUUGAUCCCAAUCUUGUGAGUAAGAUACUGAGUCCGCUCUACUUGAGUGAGAUAUCGAAAACCUUCAGCGACCUCCAAGAAACUAUACGAAAGCAUGGUCCAUGGUCUUCUGCCUGGGUCGGAGAGUCUGGUGGGGCCUAUAAUAGCGGCGGUCGUCAUGUGUCCAACACAUUCGUCAACAGUUUCUGGUACUUAGAUCAGCUCGGUAUGGCAUCGAAGCACAACACGAAAGUGUAUUGUCGGCAGAGCCUGAUCGGUGGGAACUACGGCCUUUUGAACUGGUCCACUUCCCUACCAAACCCAGAUUACUACAGCGCUCUUCUAUGGCAUCGGCUGAUGGGGAAAGGCGUGCUUACUGUUGAGAGUAACGCUCCAUCACAUUUACGGUCUUACGCCCAUUGUUCCAAAGGAAGAGCAGGCGUAACCCUGCUGCUAAUCAACUUGAACAAUGAGACUAACUUCAUAACCCGGGUCCACAACAAUAACGUGAAGAGCUUGGUUGUAGAGAAACAGCCAAGUACCGAAGAAGGAACCAUUCUCAUCCGGGGACUGAAGAAGACGGUCUCGUUCGUCGGGACCAGAUCAUCAAAGGCAGCUCCGCUGUUCAGAGAAGAGUACCACCUGACCCCAAAGGACGGGUACCUUCGGAGCCAAGUAAUGCUUCUGAAUGGGACUCCAUUGGAAGUAACAGAAGAUGGAGAGAUCCCAACCUUAAAGCCUGCCUUUGCUCAUGUGAACUCUCUUGUCUCUGUUGCCCCUCUGUCCAUGGCAUUUAUUGUUCUCCCCAGUAUGUAUGCUCCUGCUUGUGCAUGAUCGACUUUUAUUGCAACUGUAAUUGUAAUUGUGAUUGUAAUAUAAUUUAUUGAAUAUUAAAUAAAGAGGUAUCGGUAGUCUCAAUGUUGAUCCGAAACCUCUUGAUUUCAUAAGAUGAUGUGUAUAACUAUGCCAUACCAUUUCUCUUAUUUAUUAUAUGUUUUAGACAUUUUGUAAUGUUGUACUGAACCUCAGACAUAUUUACAAAUAUAUAUGAAGAAGCGCAGAUAUACGCA